CAACAGAACCCCAUGCGCAGCUCAGCGCUCUCUGAACACCAUAUCUAAGCGAGUGUGCGGCAACGAAUACCGUCUAACCUCACCGACAUGUCGCACCAAUUACCUAUGAUAUCGAUUCCUAAGAAGACCACGGAAGACGUGGACUGGACAACGCCAAUACGUCAUGUCAUCGCCAAAUCAUAUGGGGAGAAUCCAGAUAACUACAUCCAAGAAUGUCAAGCAUUGCAACGAUGUCGUCAGGAUGCAGUCAAGGGCGCGGGCAGCGAUACGACCGGUCGUGAUCUGUUGUACAAGUAUUUUGGACAGCUGGAGCUCCUCGAACUACGCUUUUCCGAGAUUCGUGUUAACUUCUCCUGGCACGAUGCUUUCACGAAUAAAGUGACGACACAGACGUCAAUAGCUUUUGAGAAAGCAUCGAUUCUCUUCCAGAUCGCGGCGACGCAUUCUGCUAUCGCUUCGUCUCAAAGCAGGUUUGAAGCGGAGGGCAUCAAACUCGCUUUCUACUAUUUUCGUGCGUGCGCAGGGAUGCUCACGUAUAUCAACGAGAACUUCUUACAUGCCCCUUCCACGGAUCUCAGUCGUGAGGUGAUCAAGUUCUUGGUUGGUAUCAUCCUUGCCCAAGCUACAGAGGUUUUCUUGGAGAAGUGUAUAGAUGAGAAGAAGGCCAGUGCACUGAUAUCGAAGGUCGCUUCACAGGCCGCCUCGAUGUACGCUUCAUUGAGCGAGGAAGCCAAAGACUUCCAGGGAAAGGGCAUAUUCGAUCGCAAUUGGGUCACCUUGGUACAGAUCAAGUCGAAGCUAUUCGCUUCACUUGCCCAGUGUUACCGUGCGCAAGCUGAUAGCAAGGCGGGAAAUCAUGGUGACGCCCUUGCUCGCUGGAUUCUCGCAGAGUCGCUUGCAAAAGAGGCCCACCGCUCCGCUUCCUCGUUCUCUGCCCUUUUUUCACACGUAUCGCCGACCUUGCCCGCCGAUGCUGGACCUUCCAUCCUUGACCGCACCAAAUCUCACUCGCAAUUCUGCACCGAACGCAAGAACGAAGUACAACGGGAAAACGAUCUGAUAUACAACGCCGUUGUUCCGUCCGCCGAGGUACUUGCGCCCAUUGAGAAAGCGUCCGUUGCAACCCCUAUUUCUAUUCAAGAGGUGUACAGCUCGCCGGACGUCCAGAAAGUCAUAGGUUCCGAUAUCUUCAUGAAGCUCAUUCCACUGAGCAUUCACGAGAGUGCUAGUGUGUAUUCAGAAGAGAAGGCUAAGCUUGUCCGCAAGGAGGUAGAGAACGCCGAGAGUGCAGAAGUAGAGGUACGUAGCGUGCUAGAAGCCAUGGGCGUCCAAGAUGGCCUUGCGCGAUUCAAGGGCAUGGCAAACGGUGGUACGGAGGAGCAACCAAUCCCGCUGGACGUGCGAAGGUGGAUGGAGGAUAUAGGGGUCAUAGAAGAUCGGGAAAGCAUUGACACUCUCAUGCAAGAGUUAACACGGCUAAAGGAGGGUGUUAGGGCCGAGCUUGAAAACACUUCGAGGGAGCUGGAAGCGGAAUCACAUGAGUGCGAGGCUAUGCGGAUCAAAUAUGAUCAUUUAUGGACCCAAGAGCCAUCCGCAGGUCUCAACAAGGCCCUGAGGCAAGGUUUCAAGUCACACAUGGCUGCCCUCGACGCAGCCGCGACGUCGGAUCAGCAAGUAGUAGCCCUCUGGGAUUCGGUCAAGGGUGACAUAUCACUUCUACUGUCACCUGGAGUGGAGGAAGUAUUCCGUGCUAGUCUACAGCCAGCUGUUCCGUCGCAGAAUCUCCUGGAACUGGACGUCAGCUACGAUGAGCAGGAACGAGCAAAGAUCGGACAAUUCACCAGUGAAAUUGAGGAGCGUUUGGGCCGACUAAAGAAGAUCUCUUACGAGCGAGGCGAGGUCCUCAAAGACUUGAAAGAGAAGAUCCAAGCCGAUGAUGUCUCUCAUCUUCUUCUGCUCCACCGCCGGAAUGUAGGCGUAGAACCUGCUCUGUUCGCCACUGAACUUGAAAAGUUCCGGCCAUAUCAGCAACGGCUUGCAGCUACUGCCCACCACCAACAAGUGACAUUACAGGAGAUUCAGAGUUUAUGGAAGGGCCUCCGGGACCUUGCGAGCCGCGGUCCAGGCGUGAAGAAAUGGGAAGAGCAGGAGAAGAGGAAGAAAGAUGUGGUGCGCCGGUUCUCUCGAGCACGGGAUGGAUACAUGGAUGUACGUGAAGGCAUAAUGAAGGGACUACAGUUCUACAACCAGUUGAGGGAGUUGACUGCCUCGCUCGCUCGAAAUACCAAGUCCUUCACAUCUGAACGUCGUGUCGAACGUGAAAAACUCAUUGGCCAUGCCGAAGUCCAGCAGAGAUUAUCUGUCCCGAAACAACCUCUACGUGUCGUUGAUAAUAAACCACCACUCCCGCCCCAGCCACGUUCCCCUCCGUCGCUCGAAGCGUCAUUUGCCUCUAUGAACCUUCAUAGUGGCCGUCACGCAACACCGCCGCCCCCGAAACCUCCGCAAGUCCCGCAGCCUCGACGUCUUUCAUCACACGGCUUCCCGCCACCACCACCCCCGCAGCCCACACGAAGCGCUCAUGCACCCCCGAAUCCUCCUCAGGAUCCGUAUGCGAGCCUUGGGCUUUUCGCUUCCUCGCAGCCGACCACUCCUGCGGCACGACAACCCUCCGCACCGCCGCCGCUGCCUCCAUCUCAGAAAUCGCCAGCUGUUCCGCCUCCCCCGCCGUCCCAGCCUUCUUAUCAGUCGUACGUCACGCAAGGCUACUCGGGUAACUCGACAUUUCCUGCACCCCCGGCCCCCCCACCGAGCGUGGGUGCACGAUUCUCAUCCCAACACCAACCUGUCCCACCUCCGGCCCCACAAGGAUACAACAGUCAGUAUAACUAUGGUUACGAUCGCUGAAUAUCGCAGGCGAGGUGGCACAAUAUGACAUAGAUUGUAGCACACA